AUGAUUUCAAACGAAAAGAAGCAGUUUAUAGGCGCUGUCGACCAGGGCACCACAUCGUCGAGAUUUCUGAUAUUUGAUGAAGAAGGCAGACUGAUUACCUUUCAUCAAGUCGAGUUGCCGCAAUCUCAACCACAUGCUGGCUGGCUCGAACAUGACCCGAUGGAUAUUCUCGAUACAGUCGUUACCUGUAUUUACGAAACAAUCAAACGAUUCGAGUUGAUGGGAUACAACGUAAAGGACAUCAAAGCCAUUGGUGUCACUAAUCAACGAGAAUCUGCCGUGUGCUGGGACAAAUCCACUGGAGAGCCUUUGCGAAACACCAUUGUCUGGAGCGAUGUGAGAACCGACGACAUUGUACAUCAAUUGAAGAAACGGGACAAUGCGCACAUUGUUCAAGAAUUAUCAGGCCUGGAUAUUACGUCGUACUUUACAGCUGUCAAAUUUCGAUGGAUGUUGGAACACGACCAGAAUGUGAAAAAAGCAGUAAAGGAAGGCACUGCCUGCUUUGGUACUGUGGACAGUUGGCUUAUCUAUAAAUUGAGUGGUGGAGAGGCGCAUGUUACUGAUGUGACAAAUGCCAGUAGAACGCUGCUGAUGAAUCUCAAGACAUUAGAGUGGGAUCCAGAGUUGUUGGCGUUUUUCGAUAUACCAAAGGAGUUGCUGCCCAAGUUGUGCUCCUCCUCUGAAAUUUAUGGUAAGGUGGGGUUGAAGGAUUCACCUUUGGAAGGUGUACCUAUCGCUGGGUGUCUCGGUGAUCAGCAAGCGGCUUUACUGGGCCAGAAAUGCUUCAGCAAAGGUGAAGCCAAAUGCACGUUUGGCACCGGUGCGUUCAUGCUUUUUAAUACGGGCGAAGAGGCUGUGAAAUCAAAGCAGGGAUUGAUCACCACCAUCGCAUUUCAACUGGGAAAAAAUGUUAAGGCAACGUACGCUCUGGAGGGAUCCAUGGCUGUGGCUGGCUCGUCGCUUCGUUGGUUACGAGAUAACUUGAGGCUGAUCAACUCUAUGGAGGAAGUGAGCGAACUAGCAGAGCAUGUUCCUGAUACGGGUGGUGUCUAUUUCGUCACUGCAUUCUCAGGUCUCUUUGCGCCUUACUGGAGAGACGAUGCUCGAGGCACCAUGAUUGGCCUUACCAGUUAUACAAACAAGUAUCACCUGGCUCGCGCAACGCUAGAAUCCAUGUCCUUUCAAUCACGAGCCAUUUUGGAAGCCAUGAACCAAGACGCUGGUGUUCCACUCAAGGUGCUCAAAGUAGACGGUGGUGUAUCCAACUCCAACAUUGCUAUGCAGAUUCAAGCAGAUAUUUUGGGCAUCAAGGUGGAUCGACCUUCCAUGCGCGAAACGACGGCAUUUGGCACGGCUAUUGCAGCAGGAUUAGCGGUUGGUGUGUGGAACAGCAUUCAUGAUUUAGAUCAAGUGAAUAGCGAAGGUGUGACAACAUUUAUACCUCAUUUGACAUUGGAGGAAAGAGAAGAAAAGCACAAAAUUUGGAGAAAAGCGAUUGAGAGUUCUCUCCAUUGGACAGACGAUGUGGAGGUGUUGAGCAGCAGCAGCGACGAAGAAGAAUAA